AGAAGGGAGGGGCAUCAAGAGAGUGGGGCUGGGGGCGGGAAGAUGGUUUAACAGUCUACCCUGCACAGCGUCAUCUUGUCUCCCUAACAGGAAGCAGGCUGUGAGCCAAGGGGAAGGCAGAGGACAGAAAUGAAUGUGUUUCCAGGCUUUCUUGGUGGUUUAUGGCAUUCUCCAAACUCCUAUGCAAGGGCUAUUCCUGACCAAGAAGAUCUAAGGAGAACGUCUCUGAAAUCAAGUCCGGAUGAAGAAUUAAGAGAAAAAAAGUGAAUAUGGUUUUUGCUCCCAGAAUGGAUAACAGCAAGCCACCUUUGGUUAUUUCUACACUUCUGGUGCCCCUCCAAAACCGCAGCUGCACUGAAACAGCCACACCUCUGCCAAGCCAGUACCUGAUGGGAUUAAGCGAGGAGCACAGCUGGAUGAGCAACCGAACAGACCUUCACCAUGGACUGAAACCUGGAGAAGUGGCCACAGCCAGCAUCUUCUUUGGGACUCUGUGGUUGUUUUCUAUCUUUGGCAAUUCCCUGGUUUGUUUGGUCAUCCAUAGGAGUAGGAGGACUCAGUCUACCACCAACUACUUUGUGGUCUCCAUGGCAUGUGCUGACCUUCUCAUCAGCGUUGCCAGCAUGCCUUUCGUCCUGCUCCAGUUCACCACUGGAAGGUGGACGCUUGGUAGUGCCAUGUGCAAGGUUGUGCGAUAUUUUCAGUAUCUCACUCCAGGUGUCCAGAUCUAUGUUCUCCUCUCCAUCUGCAUAGACCGGUUCUACACCAUCGUCUAUCCUCUGAGCUUCAAGGUGUCCAGAGAAAAAGCCAAGAAAAUGAUCGCAGCAUCGUGGAUCUUUGAUGCAGCCUUUGUGACCCCUGUGCUCUUUUUCUAUGGCUCCAGCUGGGACAGCCAUUGUAACUACUUCCUCCCUUCCUCUUGGGAAGGUACUGCCUAUACUGUCAUCCACUUCUUGGUGGCCUUUGUGAUUCCAUCUGCCCUCAUAAUUUUAUUUUAUCAAAAGGUCAUAAAAUAUAUUUGGAGAAUAGGCACAGAUGGCCGAACAGUGAGGAGGACAAUGAACAUCGUCCCACGGACAAAAGUGAAAACCAUCAAGAUGUUCCUCAUUUUAAAUCUGUUGUUUUUGCUCUCCUGGCUGCCUUUUCACGUGGCUCAGCUAUGGCACCCCCAUGAACAAGACUAUAAGAAAAGUUCCCUUGUCUUCACAGCGAUCACAUGGAUAUCCUUUAGUUCUUCAGCCUCUAAACCUACUCUGUAUUCCAUUUAUAAUGCCAAUUUUAGGAGAGGGAUGAAAGAGACUUUUUGCAUGUCCUCUAUGAAAUGUUACCGAAGCAAUGCCUAUACUAUCACAACCAGUUCAAGGAUGGCCAAAAAAAACUACGUUGGCAUUUCAGAAAUCCCUUCCAUGGCCAAAACUAUUACCAAAGACUCAAUCUAUGAGUCAUUUGACAGAGAAGCCAAGGAAAAAAAGCUUGCUUGGCCCAUUAACUCAAAUCCACCAAAUACUUUUGUCUAAUUUCUCAGAAUUCUUUCAGUUGUUAUGCGCCAGAGAUUAAAAAGCUUUAACUAUAAAAACAGAAGCUAUUUACGUAUUUGUUUUCCUCAACUUUCCAAGGGAAAUGGUUUAUUUUGCAAAAUGCAUUCGUUUAUUAUAGUUUUCGUGGGUUUUAUUUUACUUGCUUCAUGUUUUAGAAAAAGUGUUUGCUUUGAACUAUAGUCAACAGUUAUUUUACUAUUAAUAUAUUAGUUACACACAUAAAAAAGAAAAUGCUUUCUUACCACUUACUUACUGUUAGGUUCAAAAACAUAAACCUAAGCCAUAAACACA